UGGCCCCCCAAAGUGCUGGGAUUACAGGCGUGAGCCACUGCACCCGGCCUUUUUCUCCAUUAUUAACAUCACCAGAAAUAGUGAUUCCAAGGAGCUCUGAAACCCCACCUUCACCAGUCCUGGCCAGAAGUCCUUAUGUCUCACCCCUUCUCCAUCUAUGUCAGCGUGACAUAGGCAUCACAUGCCACCACUCUCCUCUCUUUGACAGGACCCUGUUGUCUUCAGGUUCCUUCUGCAUGAAGCUGGACCCGUUCAGCCAGUACUCAGAUGAAGUCCGGACGUCCCUGGAGCUGGCUCACCUGAAGGACUGCGUGUCGGCCCUUCCCGAUAGGCUGGACCACGAGUGCGCAGAAGGUGGACAGAACCUCAGGCAGCGCCAGCUUGUGUGCCUGGCUCGGGCCCUGCUGAGCAAGAUGAAUAUCCUUGUGUUGGAUGAGGCUACGGCGGCCGUGGACCUGGAAAUGGGCGACCUCAUUCAGUCCACCAUCCAGAUGCAGUUCAAAGGCUGCACUGUCCUCACCAUUGCCCACCGGCUCAUCAUCAUCAUGGACUACACAAGGUGAUGUCCCUGGCACGAUGGCACUUUGGGAGUUUGCCUUACUCACUGGCUUAUUAAGUCAUUCAUUCAACACUGUCCCUAUUCCCAGUGACAGACCCAGUGGGUGGAUCGUCUCUUCAUCCUGGAUGAUACCAGAUAUUUCUUUUUUGUUUUGUUUUUUGUUUCUGGAGACGGAGUCUUGC